UUUUCAUUGCGACUCGAACAAUGGUUCGCAAACCCCAGAGGAUCGGGAAUAUAUAAUUAACUUCAAGAAGCGCGUUGUACAGUUCAUGCAAAAAUGGGUGACGGCCGUGCGACAUGCAGCAUUUGACGAACCAAGUGUCUGUGAUUUUAUUGAGGACUUAGCAACUGAAAUAGAAGCUGAUCAAGAACUGAGUGAAGAAACUAGCAUUAUACAUAAUGUUCUUACACAAAUGACACGUUACCAGGAGGAUCGUAAUCAAAACACUGGGCAAAAAUGGAAGCUACCACCAAAUGGACAACCCAUAUGUUUAUUUAGCGGAAAUGCUACACCUUCAAAAACUAUUAUUCGUCCCGAUGACGAUAUCAUAUUUCGAGUAUACUGCGCCGAUCACACAUACUGCACUUUAAGAUUUCCACUUCAUACUACCGCCGGGAUAAUAAAAGCCUGUGCUGCCGAUAAACUACAAUUAAACCGAGGGCCUGACGAUCUUGUACUAAUCGAAGUAAAAUCGAACGGAGAGCGUUCAGUCUACAAAGAUAACGAUGUUAGUAUUCCCACUAGCCUCAGUCUGAAUGGUCGUCUCUUUGUCUCAGUGAAAGAUCACCUGGAUGCAUUGACACCACUCCCUGAACAAGAAGGGCCGACUGAAGGCAUAGACAUUGAUUUGGAAAUAUUAAGCACCAAAGAAAUAGCGUACCAAAUGACACUUUUUGAUUGGGAUCUGUUUUGGGCAGUACAUGAGUAUGAACUUCUGUAUCAAACAUUCGGGAGACAUCACUUUGGCAAAAUAACCGCCAAUCUAGAUGUAUUUCUUCGUCGCUUUAAUGAAUUGCAAUUCUGGAUCGCAACGGAAAUAGUAACUACCAGCAGCAUGUGUAAACGUGUUGGAUUAUUACGAAAGUUCAUCAAAUUAGCUGCCUACUGCAAGGAAUAUCAGAAUCUGAAUGCUUUCUUUGCCAUCACUAUGGGCCUUUCAAAUAUGGCCGUUUUGCGCCUCACGCAAACCUGGGAGAAAAUACCUUCAAAAUUUCGAAAACUCUUCCAGGAAUUCGAAGCUCUCAUCGAUCCCAGUCGUAAUCAUCGUGCGUACCGUGUUUAUGUAGGCAAACUGCAACCGCCAGUAAUACCAUUCAUACCACUCUUACUGAAAGAUAUGACUUUUGCCCAUGAAGGUAAUAAAACUAGUUUAGAAGGUCUAGUUAAUUUCGAAAAAAUGCAUAUGAUGGCGCAGACUAUGCGCACCAUUCGCUUCUGCCGUUCACGGAGUUUAGGACUGGAGCCACCAUCACCAAAGAGUGAGGGAGAAGUGCGGUCAUACAUUAGUUGCCUCCGCGUAAUUGACAACCAGCGGGUUUUGACAGCUAUGUCACAAAAAAUUGAACCAAUACGCAAAGUAUAAAGUAAAUAGUGUUCUCGACACAACUCUUACAUUACCUGUUAACUCAAAUCCUUUUUUAUUGUUUAUGCUUUAAAGUAGAAUACUAAUACAUUACACUAACAAAUAUAUAAUACAUAAUAAGGAAAUUAUAUGUACAUACAUAUGUGCAUUUGAUACUUACUCGUAUAUAAGUGGUGAAGUAAUGCAUAAUAAGUCACACAAUUAGUCAAACAAACAAAUUACAUUUGAUUUACAAUAACCGAAUGUAAAUCUUAUAAAAACCCUUUCAAUAUAUCUUAUGUUUAAUGUAUGGUAUAUUUACUUAUAUUUUUUUUGUAUUUUUGGGCGUCCCAUUGAAGUCAUAGUUACAUAAAUUCCAUACCAAUUGUUAUGUAAUCCUGGAAACUAUGAACCACGAUUUUUGUGAAUUGUAAUACUCAUAAAAAUCGGAGACUGACCGACAGUUGAUUAAUUUCACAUUUUAAUUUUUUUCCAGAACUAUUAAUUUAUUUAUAUAACGUCUUAUUUACGUUAUACAAUCUGCGAAAUAAUUAUAUAAUUAUUAGGCAGCCAAAUUGUUUUCAUUUUAAAGUUGAAAUAAUUGUUUUAUUUUUAAUCAAAAACAUUAAGUUGGAAAUACAAUAUACAAAAAAGGCAGUCAACAUAUUAACGAUUUUCGGACAUUUUAAAAAGAUGUGCGCCAUUAUCGUUUAUAACUUCUUCUAGACGUCGUGGCAUGGAGUUUAUCAGCGAAUGAAUAUAGUUGGUGCUAAUUUUUAUUACUCCGAGUUCAUUUUGGUAGAGACGAAACAUAUUAGAGUGGCUCUCCUAUAGUUUAAGCCUGCCCAAACCAUAAGAGACUCCCUCAUCAUGGUUUACUCGGAUCUCUCCUCUUUCUUCAUCUGUGAAUUGGUUGGAACUCUUGCAAAGCACAAAAAAAAACAAUCAAAAAAAAUAUAUAAAAAUAAAAAAUUUUACUUUUAUUAAAUUUUUUCCACUUGUUUACACAAACGGUUUCAGUUUUCGAUUGCAAUAUCAUUAUUGCCUUUAUAAUUAUUUCGCACUGGCUUAAACCAAAAUAAUGAGGUAUUUAUCCGUUAUUGUGGAUAAACACCAUAAAAAGAGCCCGAGGAAAAAACAAAUAAGCAUAAAAGAUAAAUUACAAAGCAAAUUAUAAUGAAAGUUUGUCUCAGGAUUUAUUUCUUAUUGUCUCAACAUUAAUUUUAUUUUUACCGCUUUUUUAAUAAAUGUUCUAUUUGUUUAUUUUAGCUAAACACAAUGUUAACAACUGAACCUUUUAAGUAAACGAAGUUUUAAAAAUGUUUGUUGAGUAUUAUUUAUGUAUGUAUAGGUAUAUAACAUAUUCUUUACAAUCGGUAUAUUUCUUUUGUUAAACCGUUUAAUAACAAAAUCAAAUAACUAUAUAGAUACAUAAAUACUUAUAGUAUGUACACUAGUAGUAUACCGCGAUGAUCUUCGUUUUAGUUGUGAAAAAAGGAAACCCCCAAUUUUAUCUGAUAUUCUAAUGAUUUUCGUAUUUGAUGCAUUUUUGUUUCGUUCCAUUUUGAAAAUUUUCGGCAAUCAUAUCUUCCGAAAUAUCUUUUUUUUUUAAAUUUCACAAUCUGUAUGUCCUUUCUAAUACCAUUACAAAUAUAUGUAUGUAUUAAGUUCCAUAGUGACCGGUUAAGUGGAUUCGGCGUGAAAACGUCACAUACUUUCAUAAUAUUAGUAUGGAUUGUUAUUAAAAUAAAUCAGCAAAUAGGAGAUAGUAUAAUUAUUAAUUGAUUGAUAUCUAUUUCUCCAAUAGCACAUUCAUAUGUAUGUAUGUGUUUAUCUGUGCCUACUGCCUCUGUGACAAAUCGCGAACAUUAACUGGAAGGCUUAUAUUAUUUUCGGCAAAUAUUCAUUUCAACAGAAAUGCUACCAUGAGUUUAAUCAUUAAACUAUUAAAUAUUUUCUUAAGUAUAAAGCUAACAAUUAAAUGUACAAAUGUAUGUACCAAAAUUAAGAAAUUAAAUUGCGCAUUACAAUAAUAUAUUUUAUGAAGAAUUAUUAUUCAUGUAGUAAUGUAAAUAAUCAUAUAAAUAUAUUUAUGUAUUUAUAUAUAUAUACAUUCGUAUAUAUUAAAGACUUUAGCAUAUACUGUAGAACGAUAUCUUCGUUACUUACAAAUGCGUUAGUUCGUAAUUACAUAAACACCAAAAACAUCAAUAUAUUUAUUGACCCUUAUACACAUACCAGAUGGUACAUAAUAAUGUAUGUUAGAAUUAUCAUUUAAUUAAAAUAUUUACCACCAUCGAGUCGACAAUUAGUGGGAAUCUAUUUAUAGCUGUAAGAAAUUUUAUUAAAAUUUGAAAAACUUUAAUAAAUCUACGUAAGCUACUUUUCUUCGAUCUAUUAAAAUCAAAAUAUUAGGGAAUUAUAAAAAGUCUGUAGAUUGGUAAGCAAUUGUCACACUUUUAAAUUACAAAGGGAUUAAUAAUUCUCUUCAGAACAUUUACAAGACCUUUUAUUCUAAAGCAAUAAUUGGUAAAAUUUCUAGAGUUAUUAUUUAUGUUUAUAUUACAUCAGUACUAAGAGUCUUAAGUCUUAGAUCUACAGAAAACCUUAAAAAGCCAAACACCUAAUGGUUUCUUAAAAAACGAAUUUUGUAUUUACAAAUAUGUAAAUUUAGAUCAUUUCAGUUUGCAUUGACAAUUCUAAAUGUAUAACACCAAACCGCAACACACACCAUAGUGACAAUGAAAAUUUAUAUACAAACGCCUUUUAUUACUUUAUCUAUAACAAAUUUCAAAUGUCGUCCAUUUACCAUUAAGUACUAUUAACCAAUAAUAUAUGUAUUUACAUAAAAUCAAACACUGAAUAUCGGUAGACAGUAAAUUUCUCCAAGAAAGUCGGAUAAACUCUAGUACUUAUAUUAUUAUUUAAAAUACAAAUUUACAAUAAGCUUCAAGUUAAGGUAAUUUACUUUUUUCUCGAAUAGAGUACUACUAAAAUUGUUAAUUAACAUCGCUGAUUUUUCUGUAUUUUAUUAACUUAUUCGUACACGCCUUUAUACAAAUACUAAACAUUUAUUACUAACAAUUUAGAGUAAAUUAGCAGUAAAUUAUGACAGUAUAAAGAUAGAUGUUAAUGUGAUUAGAUUUGACAAUCUUAAAGUUACACAAUGAGAUUAGACCUCUACAUUUUAAUAGUCGCCCAUAAUAUAUACCGUAUAUUGAUGUGUCCCAAAAUUAUUGCAACAAAAUAUAAUAUAAUCAAGCGUAUGCAUAAAAACUUAAGCUGACUUUUGUAGACUUACAAUUAACAUACCUCAACUACGAUUCAAGUGACAUUAAGUACCAAAAUUUUCUUGCAUAUACAUACAUACACGGAUUACAUAUGUACACUCCAUUUGCGGAAAGCUCAAAUUACAUACAUACAUACAUAAAUCUUUAUUUUGACGGCGUUAUACCAACUGGAGAGGGUGGUUAGAUGUGUUGGCUUCACUUGGCAUGCAAAGAGGUGGUAGGUACCAUGCCAACAACUCUUUGCUUACUAGGUUCAGUACAUACAUAUGUUGGAGCCAGUUUUAAAAAAGUGGGAGGUUAUCCUAUGCAAUAUCCAGAAAGAAAAUGCGCGAACCAAUUCGGUAUGCCCGCAUGGGUAACACAAUACGUAUAACAUCCAUACAUAGAUAUUCAUGUACAUGUCGGUAUAUCUUAAUUAAUGAAUUAAAGAAAUGUAUGUAUAUGACAAUGCACCUGCUGGUCUUUGGUACACAUUUGAUUACCAAAGACAUUCUCUUUUAACAUAUGAGCAUAUGUACACACAUAUAAUUAAAGAAUAAAAAUUUAAAAAUUUAAAAUUCAUUAAAGACACAUUUAUAUGUAAUAUUUUAUUAAAAUAUUUCAUAAGUCAACCGGAGGUACACAAACCAUUAUAUUGAAAAAAAACUAUUAGAGCUACACCCAUCCCCACAAGAACAGUGACAGUCAUCUUGCUGGUAAUUUGACAGUCAAGUGAACAAAUUUUGUCAGUGCGCAGAACAAAGUUUCUAUCAUUUUCUUAAGGGCCUUGUGGAAAAACUGAUGAAAACAAUCGUAUAUGUGUAAGUUUGCAUCGCUCAAUACAUAGGUAUUCGGACGUGAUUCUCUAUAUAGUAUACCUAUACUGUUCAUUCUCAUGCCUUUUUCUGAGUCAUUGCUCAUAAAUAAUCCUUAAUUCUUCAAAAUAUGGAAUUAGACAAUAAAUUAUUAUAAGAAAUAAUUUUGCUGAUCCUUGCAUACGGCUUUCUUCAAUUCAAGGAUAUUUCAGAAUACAAAAAUGCCUAUAUAAAAAUGAAAAUUUACGAAUAAUAUGUACAUAUAUGUAUGUUCAUAUUUUUUAUUUGAAACUUAUUUGACUCACUUAUUUAAAUUGGAAAAUUCCUCUCUUUCUUAGAAAUGUAUAUUUUGAACACGAAACUCAAAAGUUUUGGUUUAUGGCAAAGUAUAAAACUACAUAGGUAUUUCAAAACUUCUCUCAUCUCCUAAGGAAAUGUGUGCUGCCUCUUUGGCGUACAAAAAACAAUCUUUUGCAAAAACUGUAAACAUUGUAAAACAGUGUAAAACCCAAUACGCUGCAAUAUUCAUACGUAUUGUACAUCAGUGGUCUCUCAUGAUGAUGGAACUGCCACAGUGUCAGGGAGCACGAAAAUGAAGACACCCACCGAGAACUAUGUAACCUUACAUUUUGCGAACAUUCUUAUUCGUUCGGGAAACAAGCAAUUCCUUGCUUUUUUAUUAAAUUUAAAUAUUUUACGAGUAACUGAAUUAUUUUGGACCCUAAAUACUUUAACUUUAUCGUGCUUAAAUAACCUAAACCACAAACUGUAAUGCAAAAUAGCAAAAUGCAUUCAUAAUCAGAAAUCCAUACAUACAUAUGGGUGUACAUAUGAACCUAUGUACCUACAAAUGUAAACACGUUUCAACCAGAUUCACUGUAAGAAGAAAAACUCCAAUUAACUAUAAGCAACUAAGCAUAACAGAACAAAAACCAGACCAGAUAAAAAACUUUAUGAUAUCCAAAAGAUUUAGAAAAAAGCUUAACACUAAAAUAAAAUGGAGCAAUAUUGUAUUUCAAAUUUUUAUAGUAAUUGUUUGUUCAAUUUACACGAAAUCAACACUUAUGUGAAUAUAUGUAUGUAUGAACUUAUACAAUAAUGAUCCAACUAUGUAUUUCUUUAAAAACUUUUAUUAAUAACGUUAAAAAUAAAUUUCCAAUAAAUACAAAGACAUCAAAA